UUCGGCGGCAGCGGAGGCGAGUGUGGGGCGCGGGUGCUCGUGUGGACGCGACCAGAGGGCGGGGAUGGCCGGGCAGGAGCAGAACACGCUGCUGCACCUCUUCGCUGGGGGGUGUGGAGGGACCGUUGGUGCGAUUUUCACAUGCCCCUUGGAAGUAAUCAAGACAAGACUCCAGUCUUCCAAGUUGGCGCUCCGGGCUGUCUACUACCCUCAGGUCCAGCUGGGGACCAUCAGUGGUGCCGGAGUGGUCAGGCAGACAUCGGUAUCGCCUGGACUUGUUCAGGUUCUCAAGUCCAUUUUGGAAAAAGAGGGACCCAGGUCACUUUUCCGGGGGCUGGGACCCAACUUGGUUGGGGUUGCGCCAUCAAGGGCGGUCUACUUUGCAUGUUACUCGAAAGCCAAGGAGCUGUUCAACAGCGUGUUUGUUCCAAACAGCAACAUUGUCCACGUCUGCUCAGCCGGUUCCGCAGCCUUCAUCACGAAUUCACUGAUGAAUCCUAUCUGGAUGGUGAAGACCAGAAUGCAGCUCGAGAGAAGAGUCCGAGAUUCAAAGCAAAGGAAUACGUUGCAGUGCGCGAGGUACAUUUAUCGGACAGAAGGGAUCCGGGGCUUCUACCGGGGGCUCACUGCCUCCUACGCCGGCAUCUCGGAGACCAUCAUCUGCUUCGCUAUUUACGAGAGCCUGAAGAAGCACGUGAAUGACAUCCGGCUGUCCCCGUCUCCUGCUGGCGGGUCAGAACGAAACUCCACCAACUUUUUUGGACUGAUGGUUGCUGCUGCUGUUUCCAAGGGUUGCGCAUCCUGCAUUGCUUACCCACAUGAGGUUAUACGAACGAGGCUUCGUGAAGAAGGUACCAAAUACAAGGCAUUUGUUCAGACGGCACGGCUGGUUGCUCGCGAGGAGGGAUACCAAGCCUUCUACAGAGGACUUUUUGCUCAGCUAAUGAGACAGAUACCAAACACGGCCAUUGUCUUGUCGACCUACGAGUUAAUAGUGUACCUCUUAAAAGACCACUUUAAAUAGCAGACCAGCAUGCAACAAAUUGCUAAAUGGACAGACUCUAAAGGCCAGUUUUCUUCCUGAAGCAAAUACCCUUUCCAGUGGUGGUGCGGGACUGGAAAACAUUUCAGAACCUGCUGAAUGUGUUGCUUUUUUUUUUUUAAAAAAAGCAGUUUUAUUUUUCCCCUUUUCUUUUUUUGAGUUCCCGCUUUCUGAAAGGUCUCAACUUUAAUGUUUGUAGUUAAUUAUAACUUUUUUUUAACUUAAAAGAGGAGGUUCAGAACUUAACAAUGACUAAAUUAAAUCACACUAUUUAAUUUA